AUGAGGUUUCUUUGUCUCCAUGGAGCUGGGACUAGUGGUGCCAUAUUCCGUGCACAAACCGCGGCAUUUCGAGAGAAAUUGGAUCCCAUACGACACACCUUCGACUUUAUCGAUGCCCCUCAUCCAUCCACGGCGGGCCCAGGAAUCUCAGCAUUCUUUCCUGAACCCUAUUUUUCCUUUUAUCGCUCAACAGACCUGGAAGAGGUUGGCAAGACGCACCAGUGGGUACUCAGGCAUCUCCACAGCCAGGCCGAGCCAUAUGACGCCCUACUUUGCUUUUCCCAAGGCUGUGCAGUUGCAGUCUCCAUGAUUUUCGCGCACCAAAACGAGAACCCUGAAGUCGAAUUGCCGUUUCGCGCCGUUGUGUUCAUUUGCGGUGGGCCGCCCCUUCCCAUUCUCGCUGAUUGGGGCAUUCCCAUUCCGAGAUCGGCCUGGGAAGUGAAUGAACGGACCGGGCGAGAGCUUUGGGAGCAGGCAAAUUCGAAGGAGAGCCUGUUGGUUGCCCGUCGGGCGAAAAUUGAGCCAUCACCCAGUCGAAUGGCAACGUGGUUCCCCGGUACCGAUAACCUGGAGAGCGAGGAUCCGUAUACACUGCCCGCAAUUGACCUGCGAGAUGUGUAUGGCCUCGAUUUGACUAAAUUCCCCGAGAGUUGUCGGAUCCAUCUCCCCACCGUCCAUAUUUACGGGCGGCGGGAUCCUCGCUGUCCGAGCGCACGACAGUUGGCUUUAUUGUCCGACGCCAAUCAACGGUUGGUCUAUGACCACGGCGGUGGGCACGAGAUCCCUCGAACGACACAGGUGUCAGAGGCUAUUGCAGGGGCAGUGGAUUGGCUGGAGGAUUGUCUAGCUUCAGCUUGA